CCGGGUAGAAACCACAGGAAAAAUGGCUGAGAAGGAAGACACUGAAACCUUUGAUGUUAUGGAACUGGCAGAACAUGUGAAGAAACAAAGAUGGUGGAGCAAAAUUAUUGGUAAAAAUAAUUCUGGACUAGCUGCUGAGAAGUACUCCGUAGCAACACAGCUGGCUAUUGGAGGAGUGACUGGCUGGUGUGCAGGGUACUUGUUUCAGAAAGUUGGGAAGGUCGCAGCGUCAGCUGUAGGAGGCGGCUUCUUUUUGCUCCAGAUUGCUCAUCACACAGGCUAUAUUAAAGUGGACUGGAAAAGAGUGGAGCAAGAUGUGAACAAGGCCAAGAAGCAGCUGAAGCUCAAUUCAGACAAGCCCUCCAAAGAAGUCAGAACAAAAUUUAAUGAGGUGCAGGUAUUCGUCAAGAAAAACAUUGUUCUUACAGGGGGCUUCGCAGGAGGAUUUCUGCUUGGUCUGGCUUCAUAGGAGCUCUCUCUUACUCUAUUAUUAUGACUUCUACACGCAGGAUGUCAUCCAACUAUGUAUACAACAGAUUAGUUUUAGAAGUGUGUGAUAUUGCAGCUUGCAUUAAAUUCAGCACACCUAAUUAAUACAUUUAUGCAAGAUAUGAUGUGUUCAUCAGGAAAUAUAUUUAAGAAUGCUAGAAUAUAUUAUUUUAUUGGUUUUUAGACAUGCAUUGUGUUCGGUUUGUACUUAAUGCCCAUGUUCCACUUUUGUUAUAAUUUAUUUGUUGAUUUUGAUUGACAUAUUUUGGAACCAUUUUUGAACAAUCAUGAUUUUAUUUAAACGUGUAUAUGUCAAAAUAAAUUGCACCUUUUUACGAACCCAUAUCUGAACUUAAUGAAAUAUGUCAUGGUUACUGAGAAAAGUGCAUUCAAAUUAAUAAAAAAACAUUUUACUUAUUGGUUGUAAUAAAUUGGGACAUCAUUUCAAAGACCAAGGGUCAAUAUAAUUUUUUUUUUAUGUAACUAUGAAUGACUGAAAUGUAAAAGUGAAUUGACAAUUAGGAUUUAAACAAUUGCUCUGGGUUGCAUGUUUUCGCUCUAAAGUAAGGUCAUUGAUCAUUUUGAAAUACAUCUGGAUAUUUUUUCUAAAGAACAUCUAAUGCACGGAACAUGAAGAUAUAGUUCACCAAUUUUCUUUUCAAGUAAUUUUGGGAUCUGCAUUUCACAUGCCUCACUAUUCAAAUCCCUUCUGUAUUUAUUUUUAAGCCUUGUGAAAUCUCAACUUAUCCAAUUGGGGUUCAGUGUCGCUUAAUGAAAUAUCAGACAAAGUAACUAUAAAUACUCAGAUGUAAUCAAUUGUGAUGGACACUAUAUUCAUAAAUUCAUAUU